CGCUUCGGGCGGAUGCCGCAGGCCGAGAAGGAGAAGCUGCUGGCCGAGUUCUCCAGUGACGUGAACCACAUGCACCCGGAGUCUGCAGACCUGCGCGCGCUGGCCCGACAUCUCUACGAGUCCUAUCUCAAAUACUUCCCUCUGACCAAAGCCAAGGCCAGAGCCAUCCUGUCCGGCAAGACCAGCGACAACGCUCCUUUCGUGAUCCACGAUAUGAAGUCUCUGGUGGAAGGCGAGCAGAUGAUCAACUGCAGAUAUAUGCCGCUCCACGAGCACCGGCGCUCAGAUCUGGGCAUCAUGCAUGAGGUGGAGCUGCGUUUCUUCCACAGCUACCAGUCCAGAUCUGCCGAGGCCAUCAGCGAGGUCACCGAAUUCGCCAAGAGCAUCCCGGGAUUCAUCAACCUGGACCUGAAUGACCAGGUGACGCUGCUGAAGUACGGGGUCAUCGAGGUGCUGAUCAUCAUGAUUUCUCCGCUCAUGAAUAAAGACGGGACCUUGAUCUCCUACGGCCAGAUCUUCAUGACCCGCGAGUUCCUCAAGAGUCUCCGUAAACCCUUCUGCGAGAUGAUGGAGCCCAAGUUUGAGUUCUCCAUUAAGUUCAACAUGCUGGAGCUGGACGACUGCGACAUGGCGCUGUUCCUGGCCGUCAUCAUCCUCAGCGGAGAUCGUCCAGGUCUGCUGAACGUGAAGCCCAUCGAGGACCUGCAGGAGACGGUUCUCCACUCUCUGGAGCUGCAGCUGAAGAUCAACCAUCCCGACUCGCUGCAGCUCUUCGCUAAAGUCCUGCAGAAGAUGACGGACCUGCGGCAGCUGGUGACCGACCACGUGCAGCUCAUCCAGAUGAUGAAGGAGACCGAGGCCGACUGGAGCCUGCACCCGCUGCUGCAGGAGAUCAUGCGGGAUCUGUACUAGACACACACACACACACACACACACUGCUGCAGGAGAUCAUGCGGGAUCUGUACUAGACUCACACACACACACACACACACACACUGCUGCAGGAGAUCAUGCGGGAUCUGUACUAGAGACUGCAGAAAACACACACACCACAUCAUGCAGGAUCUGUGCUAGUGACACAAACACACACACAUCAAGCGCAAUCUAUACUAGAAACACAAACACACACACAUCAUGCGGAAUCUGUGCUAGAGACACACACUCACACACACACACACGCACACACACACACACACCCCAU